AUGUCGGGAUACGCUCAGCAAGCUGUGGCAAAGAAGAGCACAUCUGACAAGAAAGGCCCUCCAACCAAGGAGCGGGUAGAGCGUCGGCCAGAUCGGACCAAGCCCAUGAAGUUCGACAACGAAAGCGGCAAAUGUGGGAAUCCAGCAGAGGACAACUGGCGUCCAGGCAAGCGAAUGAACAUCCAGGCUCAGGAUACCGGGCGAAUACAGAACAAGACGAUCGUGUCGGUGGAGAGUCCGGACUGGAUGAAGUCCUUCUUCGAAAACAACCGCAACUACUUUGAGCAGAAAGGUAUCGCUCAAAAGCUGAAGAAGCCAGCUGGAGGAGACGCAACGGCUGCCGGCAUUGGUAGCUCUGCGCGAGCACAGGGCAAGAAGGUUGGAGCUGCCCUGCGAGAUGACGCAGGAGCACCACUAAGCCCGCAAAACAUGGGCUCCGAGGCCAGUCCGGACUGGAUGAACAGCGCACGGAAGUGGACGAAAGUCGACAAGGAAUCUCCGGACUCAGGCUGGCAGCGAGCUGGAAAUGACAGGUUCACCUUCAUGGUCCCUCGCACCAAGUGUAGGUCGGCUAACAACAUGCAGCACCUCGUGGUCUCCGAUCACGUGCCUGACUGGAUGCGGGUCGAGUCGGCUUUAGAGGCGGUGGCCAAGGACACGCCCCGGCGAGCACGUUCAGCCGAUGACCUGUCGAGGGCAGCUGGGGUCGACACCCAUCGCAUCUGGGACCAGUCCACCCGCAACAAAGGCUGUGGCAACAUCCAUCCCUCGACGGGCCGUGUUAACUACAGCAGCCAGCAGUCGCCUGACUUUCCUUUGGAUUCUGGCUUGGAACAUCGCCAAGCUUUUGAGGAGAAAGCCCGCUCCAUGCCAAACUCUGCCCGCAAUGGCUAUGACAAUGGCCAUAUUUCGGCAGGGGACAAGCUCAAGGACAGGAGGAGCAAAAAAGGGACUGUGAUGGAUGAGGGGACAGGGAAGGUUGCGAACAACUCCAUCGUGUCCGCCGAGAGCCCGCAAUGGAUGAAGCAGCCUUUCGAGAGCAACCGAUCCUUUUUCGAAAAGCAGGGGGUGGCUGAGAAGUUGCGGACCAUGUCGACGCAGGAGCAUGAGUCCAACUUCGUUGCGGGGCGCAAGGUGCCCGUCAGACCGAAGCAGGUUUUCAAGCAAAUCAAGAAUGAGGAGGGCAAGAUCCAGAACCUCAGCAUCGUUUCCAUUGGUGCUCCGCAGUGGAUGAAGUCCCCUUUCGAGUCCAACCGCCCCUACUUCGAGAGUCAGGGCAUCGCGCAGCGCCGAGAAAAUGGCGAGCAGGUGUCGGCAAUGGAGCUGGACUUGCAAGAGACACCGGAAUCCCGACGUUCCAGCUCAGCUCCGCCACGCUCGGCCAAGGUGAAGGGGCCGCCAUCACACACCGCAGAGCGCGCGCAGCGCAGCCGCAAGUCGGGUUCGGAGGCGUCAGGGACCGGCGGGACCGGGACCGGGACCGCUUCCCGAAGGACCAGCAGUGCUGCCAGCGCGACGUCGUACUCGGCCAGGUAUACGAAACAAUUGCCACGCCAAGCCUCUUUGGGUUCCUUGCAGAGCGCGCGAUGA